GCCAUAUCGAUGGUGCCUAUGUUCACGCCGAUGGAUGUAGGGUCAUGGAUCGUCUCAUCCCACUAUCAGUCCCUGUAUGCUCGUACAUAAAGCACGUACUGGGGAGCCGGAGAACAGAUUGUGUACCUGGCAGCUGUGGUGUGAUAUCUACCAGGCUUCUCACGCAUCUUUGGUCGUUGUCAGUGUGUCCUCAUUUACUUCCCGUUCUCGUACCUGUUUUCGUUCUCGAGGCUUGGCUACCGGCUGUCGACGUCUACCAUAUUUGACCCAUACCUUUCGACACUCUCCUUAAUCACACUUGCGUUACCGACAUGCAUUCUUUCACUGUGUAUGCGCUUGGCGUAGCCGUUGCUGGCCUUGUCGUAUACGCUGUAUUGGACGCUGUCGCCAAGUACGACAAGCGAUAUAAUGUUCAGAACAUGCCUGGACCACGGCUGGUCCCGUGGAUCGGUCGUAUUCAUGACCUUCCCAUCGAGUUUAUGUGGCUGAAGUUCAAGGAAUGGUCUGACAUGUAUGGCCCCAUCUACCGGACCAAGAUGUUAGGCGACAACUUUGUCAUCAUAUCAGACGAAAAGCUUGCCGAGGAAAUGCUGGUGAAGAAAGCCAAGGUGUAUUCAGACCGACCCGAGAUCAAGUCGUUGUUUGAUGCGAAGAGCACAUAUGGUUCCAUGGAGUAUCUGCCCCUUAUGGGCAAGAAUCAGUACUGGGCUCGUCAGCGAAAGUUUACACACUCUUACCUGACUGGCGCAACCAAUGUGCAGUACAAUGGUAUUAUGGAAUUCGAGGCCAAGCGAUGGAUCGCCAGGCUUCUGGAGAACCCCGAUGACUUCUCUGCCUCCCUUGAGGACAUGUGCUCCAAGGUCAUGUGCCAACUGACAUGGGAUGAUGCCUCACUUAGCACCCCUCUUACCCCUAGCGCGUGGGGUCUGCUUACUCAAAUGUCCCCUGCCGGUCCAAUCACCAACGUUCUUACUCCUCUCUGGGACUACUUACCUGAACCCAUCAAUCCGUGGAAAAUCCGUGAGCGCAAGCGCCAUGACGACCAGCAAGCCUUUUUCAUGGAAUGCCUACAGAACACUAGAAGAAAGGUGGAGAAGGGCCAGCAACGAGCCUGCUUCACCAAGAGCUACCUUGAGACUGCCGAGAAGUCAAGCAUCUCUGGCGAUUAUGAGGCCUCGUGUGUCAUUGGAAUGAUGGCGCUCGUUGGCAUCUUUACUGUUACCGGACCUAUUUACUACUUCUUGAUCAGCAUGGUUCACCACCCAGAGUGGCAGAUCAAGUGCCAGAACGAGAUUGAUCGUGUUUGUGGUGACAAGCCUCCCUCUGUUGCUGACUUACCAAACCUUCCCAUCUUACGCGCGUGUAUUAAGGAGACAAUGAGGUGGAAGCCCACUGUUCCAACUGGCGUUGCGCAUGAAGCCGAAGCAGACGAUUGGUUCCACGGUUACUUUAUCCCCAAGGGUACGCGUAUCCUCCCUCUUGACUAUGCCUUUCUCCGCAACCCCGUCAAGUACCCCGAGCCCGAAGAGUUCCGUCCCGAACGAUGGUUGGAGCCUGAGUGGCCUACGUUCCAAGCGCCAUUGACCAAGUACCCUGAUAUUGUGGGCAUGACGUCCUUUGGGUGGGGUCAGCGUCAAUGUCUAGGCAUGUCCAUUACUCGGGACGAGACGGUGACAGGUUGCGGAGCGCUCAUGUGGGCCUUCAACCUGAAACGCAAGAUCGACCCUGUCUCCGGCCAAGAGAUCGAGGUGCCCCUCAACAAGUCCAACUCGCUUCUCAUCAUUAAGCCAGACCCGUGGGAGAUGGCCUUUGAGCCGAGAAGCGCAGAACGCAAGCAGGAGGUGAUUCAAUUGUGGGCAGAGGCUGAGGCCAAGGAUAAGGCGGAACGCGCCGAGUUUGCGCGACAGGCUGAGAUGGAGCAGGUUUUGGAGCAACCUUAGAUACUGUUUGAUACCCGUGUACUGAAGCUGUUGAAGGGUGCAGCAGUGUGGCUGGGCAUUUGUAAACCAUAGUUUCUUUUUUUUAUAGUGCGGCGACACAUUUCCUUUGUCAGCAUAAUAGGUAGCUAUAAUGCAUCUCUUUGAC